AUGUCGACUCCGGAAAAAAUCAACGUUUCCUCGCAGGCCGUAAAGCCUAUCUACUCACAUGCGGUUAAAGUUCCUGGCUUGAUCUUUCUGAGCGGUCAAACGCCCGUCGACAAGGAUGGCAAAGUCGUUCCCGGGGGUGUUCAGGAGCACACGGCACAGUGCAUCUCCCGGCUGACUGAGGUCCUGACGGGCGCUGGGUCGUCGUGGGAGAAGGUUGUCAAAGUCAACAUCUAUCUCAAGAACAUGGACGACUUUGAUGCUAUGAACGAGGUUUACACCAAGCUUCUCCCGGACCCCAAACCCGCGAGAACUUGCAUCCAGGCCGGCAAGCUCCCCGGAGAUGUCGAUGUGGAGAUUGAGGCAAUUGCUGCUACCUGA